AUGGCAGUUGUUAAGAAGAACAGAGAUAUUUUAACAGGAGGUAAGAAAUAUAUUCAACAGAAAGCAAAGAAACAUUUAGUUGAAGAAGUUACAUUUGAUAAAGAAUCAAGAAAAGAAUAUCUUACAGGAUUUCAUAAACGUAAAUUACAAAGACAAAAAAAAGCUCAAGAAUAUCAUAAAGAACAAGAUAGAUUAUUUAAAAUUGAAGAACGUAAAAGAAUUAGAGAAGAAAGAAAAAGAGAUGCUGAAUUAGAAUUACAAAAAUUUAAUGAAACCAUUAAAAAUGUUAAAAAUUUUAAAGGAUUUAGUAAAGAUGGUGAUAAUGAAAAUGAUGACGAAGAUGAAGAUGGAAUUGUUGGAGAAUUAGUAAGUGAAGAUGAUGAUGACGAUUGGACUGAAAAAGUUAAAAUUAGUAUUAAAGAAGAUGGUGAAUGGACAGGAUUUAGUGAAAAUCCAAAGGACAAUUCAGACUCAGACGACGAUUCGGAUUCAGAUUCAGAUUCAGAAGAAGAAGAGAAACCAGUCAAAGGAAUAUUACAUCAUACAGAAGUUUAUAAACAAGAACCAUCACUUAGUUCAAUAUCAUCAAGUAAUGGAAAUGGAGCAAUAAUAGAUGAUGAAACAACAGUUACGAUUGAAUCCUUAGAUAAUCCAAAUAUUAUUGAUUUAGAAGAAUUAGCUAAACAGAAUAAUGUUAAUCUUGCAAAAUCUGAACAAAUUUUAGAAAAAUCAAUUCAAAGAGCUAAAAAUUAUGCUGUUUUAUGUGGUGUUGCUAAACCUAAAUCAGCAGUUAACAAAAGUAAAAAGAAGUUUAGAUAUUUGUCUAAAUCUGAACGUAAAGAUAAUCUUCGAAAAGAGAAAUCAAAGGCUAAACAAAGAGGUAAGAAAUAG